AACAAAUUUAGUACUGCUGUGCAAAGGCUAGAAAGUGGACGCGUUUCAACGUUUGCGGUUGUUUUAAAUAAAAAUGGAUGCGUGCGCGGAAAAUCAAGAAAUAUUAACGGACGAUGAUUGCAGCACAUUUCAGAGAAUACCAAAUGAGGCGGGCGUUAAUGUUCAAUUCAUGGAUUUGACAUACGCAACCAGCAGCACCUUCAAAAUUCCGAUUUUAUUUCCGGCCAAAGAUACAAAGGUUAUAGUGAACGGCGUCAGUGGCAUUUUCAAAGCUGGAGAAUUAUCUGCCAUUAUUGGUCCCUCAGGAUGUGGAAAAACAACACUGUUGAAUUUGUUAUCGGGAUAUCGAUUACAAAAAACUUCUGGACAAAUUUAUGUCAACAACCAACCUCGCCAGAUGAAGUCUUUUCGCAAAUUGUCCCGCUAUGUUCUACAAGAAGACCACAUCAGUCCAUAUUUCACCGUUAUGGAAACAAUGACAUUUGCUUCGAAGCUUAAGUUGGACUCACAACGUACGGAUAAACAACGAGAGGCUGUGGUCAAUGAAAUUCUUGAUAUUUUUGAUCUGCUACAACACAGCGAUACUUUAAUCUCAAAGCUGUCGGGUGGCCAGAGAAAAAGGAUCUGCAUUGCAUUGGAAUUGAUUGACAAUCCGUCUGUUUUAUUCCUUGACGAGCCAACAGCUGGUUUAGAUGAAGUCUCAGCUUCCAAAUGUGUACGACUUUUGAAACAUUUAGCAGACUGUGGUCGUACCAUCAUUUGUUCCCUGCACUGUCCUUCAGCGAGAUUAUUUCAAAUGUUCGAUAAGGUGUAUGCCAUGGCCAGCGGUCAAUGUAUUUACCAAGGAACCGUUGAUGAUAUAGUGCCCUAUUUGGAAUGUUUUAGUCUGUGUUGCCCGGUGUCGUAUAAUCCCACGGACUUUAUUAUAGAAGUGGCCAUGAAAGCCUAUGGUGAUUAUCAUAAUGUAAUGGUUGAGGCAAUAUCAAAUGGCAAGGUUUCAAAAUGGACCCCUAACAUGGAAGUUGCCACCAACGAGUGCCAGUUCCUGCAGAACACAAAGAAUACACAUGAUAUAAAACGAUAUUUAAAAUCAAAUCCCCACAAGUACAAUUCAUGGUCCAAGGAGUAUAGUCUGAACUUGCAAAGGUUCCUUUCACAAUUAUGGCGCGAUCAGGCCAACUUUAGAUUGCGUUUGGCUGCUCAUAUACUUAGCGGUCUAUUGAUUGGAAGUGCCAAUAUAAAUGUCAGCAGGAAUGCAAAAUACAGCAUUUACAAUUAUCAUUUCUCAUUGAUAGUAUCAAUAAUGUUCUUCUUUAUAUCUAUGGUUCCCAUGCUAUCAACAGUUCCUCAAGACAUGCAAUUCAUCCGAAGAGAAUGCUUCAAUCAAUGGUAUCGUUUAAGUUCAUAUUUUUUGGCUUUGCUGACAUCACAGUUGCCUAUACUAUGCGCAACAUCUUUGAUUGGAACCGUUACUCUCUACCUUGGCAGUGCUCAACCCUUGGAAUUGCACAGAUUUUUACUUUUUCUGGGCAUAGCAUUUGCCACAUCAAUGAUGGCGUCGAGUUUCGGUCUACUUCUGGGCUCAAGAUUUUGUGUUUUGCAUGCUCUAUUUUUAGGCCCCUAUGUAAUGUCUGGCAUGAUUAUUAUGGCCUCUUAUCCAGGUGAACGCACCAACCUAUCCGCAUUGGAGUAUUUUGUCAGCUAUGGCAAUUUUGUAAGAUAUCCAUUGGAGGGACUACUGGAACUGCUGCUAGGUUUUGGUCGACCAGAUUUCCCCUGUCCUGAAACCGAAUUUAUGUGUUGGUCGGCCAAGCCCAAAUACAUACUACGUCUUGCCGGGGAUGUGAAGAUCAGCUAUUUUCGCUCUGUGUUGGUUUUGUGCGGCUUAUACUUCGUUAUGUCAUUUAUGUCGUUUCUAGUUUUUAAACAACGUCUGGGCACCACAGAAAAGGAGUCGAACAAAAGCAGCAAUUUAGGCAAAUUGAAACGUUCUCUAUUAACAUGUACUCUAAGAGUGUUUAAAUAUAAAUAAAUUAAAUAACUUUGCGAUGGGUAUUUAA